CAUUAACACCAUUCACACUCACCCGACUUCCGCCCUGCUAAGGGGCCGCCAUGGAGUCAAUGCGAUAGCUAAACGACACAGCCAAAGGCCUGGGAAUGCCCCCUGCGAGUUGUACACCCCGGUCAGAUAUGGUUAUAGUACAGCGACCGCGGCAGCUAAAGCCCACGAUUCUCCUCCCUUACUGCGUGACUCUGUCGAACAUUGUCGACCUGUUUCAGUUUCUUCCGACUUCUUCUCCUGCGUCCUUAAUUGCUGUACGCCUGCGUUUUAGGGGCCUUCGUCCUGUCCUUUCGUUCGAUAUAUGUUUCUGCUUCUGGCCAGCAACAUCCACACUCGUUUUGUUGUUCUUUUCGCAAAUUUAGACCCUUUCCAUACUCGCGUUGCCCGACGUCCCUAGUCAAAGUCUAUUCAAAAGAACCCUUUGUCUUGUCGACAAGGCAAGCCUUCCCUGUAAACGACCCGUAUCAGUGCGCGUCCCUGUACGACGAGCAGAUUGCGCA